GACCAGUGUUUAUUUACCUCCAGCUGAUUGGGCACGUGUUGCUGGAGUUGCUUUCGUUCCCGCCAUAUUACACCUCUUCUGCUUCCGUGAGGGCCUCCCGAAGGUGAGGGAAGAUGGGCAAGAAGGAGAAGAAGAAGGGGAAGGGGGCGGAGAAGACGACUCUCAAGACGGACAAGAAGGCGGCUCUUAAGAUCAAGAAGGACCUCGCUGCCAAGGGCGAGGAAGAUAUUGAUUGUCUUCUCGCCAAAUUUGUUGCCGAGGAUAAAGCCAAACUUGCUGUGACAGAAGACUUGGUGCCACCUCCAUCAAAGCGAACGGCAUUCUCUCUUACACCACAUCCAGACAAGGACCAGCUCAUUCUCUUUGGUGGAGAGUACUUUAAUGGCAAUACGACAAAAAUGUUCAAUGACCUGUUCUUCUAUACUAUCAAACAAAAUCGUUGGCUUAAAGUGAGCAGUCCAGGAGGCCCGCCCCCAAGAUCGGGCCACCAAGCUGUUGCGCUCUCACAGAGUGGAGGCCAGUUGUGGAUAUUUGGAGGAGAGUUCACGUCGCACACACAGGCACAGUUCUACCACUUCAAGGAUCUCUGGGUCUUUCACUUCAAUAGCAAGAGAUGGGAAAAAAUUACGUGUGUUGGUGGUCCAUCUGCACGGAGUGGUCAUAGAAUGGUGGUUGUAAAGAAGCAGCUCAUUGUGUUUGGGGGCUUCCAUGACAAUUCUCGAGAUUACAAAUACUUUAAUGAUGUAUAUGCCUUUAACCUUGAAGAUUACAAGUGGAACAAGCUUAAUGUUACUGGAAAUGGCCCAUGCCCAAGAUCGGCGUGCCAGAUGGUUGCCAUGUCUGAUGGUCGAGUGCUGAUGUACGGUGGCUACAGCAAAGAGAAGAUCAAGAAGGAUGCUGAUAAGGGAGUUACACAUUCAGACAUGUUCAUCCUAGCACCAGACAAGCACGAUACACUUGGUAUAAAGUGGAAAUGGCAGACCGUGAAGCAGUCUGGAGUUCGGCCGUCACCCAGGUGUGGGUUCUCUCUCUCGCUUUCGAGUGGGGACAAGGCUUUCCUGUUCGGCGGAGUGUAUGACGAAGUGGAUGAAGAAGAGGAGCUAGAGGGUGUUUUCUAUAACGAUAUAUACCAGCUGGACAUAAUGAAGCAAAUGUGGCAUGAAGUCAGUGUGACUGGGAGGAAGGAGGCCAGCGGAGAGAAGAGGAGGAGACGGAAGAGAGAAGAUGGCGAUGAAGAAGACAGUGAGGAAGUGGAGGAGAAGUUGGAGAAUAUGAAAGUAGACGACGUACCAACAGAAAAGAUUGUUAGCGAUGAUGGUGUGUUUACUGUUUCAGUUGGACCUUCACAGUCGUCAUCAGCAUCUGAUAAAGCUUCUAGAGCAGAAGGUGAUGCCACAGAGGUGUUCUCCCCACCCCCAAGAAUCAAUGCAGGAAUGGCAAUAAAGCGUGGAGUUCUCUAUCUCUAUGGUGGCAUGUACGAGGACGGAGAUAAACAGCUCACUCUGAACGAUUUUUACUCAUUAGACUUGAACAAAUUAGAAGAAUGGCAAACCAUUAUUGCUCUGGAGGCAGCUGAUCUUGAAUGGUACGAAUCCGAUUCUGAGGAAGAUGAUGACGACAUGGAAGAUGAAAGUGAAGAAGAAGAGGAGGAGGAGGAGGAGGAGGAAAAUGAAGUUGCCAUGGACACAGAGUAGUCCAGGGCAAGAAGAAUACAAAAAGGCUAAUGUAUUUUACUGAGAAGUUCCAUUGUGUACGGACAAUAAACUUGACAUUGUGACUGAAUACGAA